UCAUGUGCUGGGAGGGGGGCGAGUGCUGGAUCAGGAGCGGCUGAGGGGUGCGGGACAAUGUUGUAGCCAAUUAAAGCAAAAAAGUGCCUUAUGUUCGGGACCGAAAGAUCAUUUAACGAGCCCGAGCGGCCCCGUAAGAGGCGGGCGGCAGGUCUGGAGCUCGUUGAGGCGAGAAGCUGCUCGGAUUAGUAGCUACUUAUGCUGCGGCUUUCCGCCUGGUCUUGAGCUCUGCGGCAGGUGAUGAGCUGAACCGGGCCGGGUCGCCCUUAUGGAUCGGCAGUAUGGAUGCUUUCAGUUUCCCCUUGAACAGAAGCGGCCCGGACAGGAAAGACGGCGAUGAAGCCGCAGAGCGCCGGCCGGGGUCUCGACACCUCGGAUUCGGUCCUACGGCGGCGGCGUCCCCGUCCGAAGCCGGAUUCUGGACCGCCGUGUUCGAUUACGAAGCUACCGCCGAGGAUGAGCUCAGUCUGCGGAAGGGGGAUCGGGUAGAGGUGUUGUCCAAGGACUCGCUGGUAUCAGGGGAUGAGGGGUGGUGGACAGGUAUGAUCGAGGACCGGGUUGGUAUUUUCCCAUGUAACUACGUGAGCAGUAACGGUAUCUCGGAGAAGAUCCGGGACACGCCGGAAGACUACGGCGAUUAUUCGGUGCCUCCGUUACACUUGCUCCAGAUAGAUUUCAAUGAACUGACCCUGGAGGAAAUGAUCGGCGUCGGAGGUUUUGGAAAAGUGUACCGUGCCAUUUGGAAAGGGAGGGAGGUGGCGGUGAAAGCCGCUCGACGGGACCCCGAUGAGGACGUGUCACAGACAUUGGAGAGCGUCCGUCAGGAGGCCAAGCUCUUUGCCAUGUUGAAACACCCCAACAUCAUGGGCCUUCUGGGAGUGUGCCUGCAGGAACCCAACCUCUGCCUGGUCAUGGAGUACGCCCGUGGCGGGCCGCUCAACCGGGCCCUGGCUGGGAAACGCAUCCCUCCGCAAACCCUGGUGGACUGGGCGGUACAGAUCGCACGUGCCAUGCUCUACCUGCACUGCCAGGCCAUCGUACCCGUCAUCCACAGAGACCUGAAGUCCAGCAACAUUCUGAUUCUGGAACGUGUGGAGAACGAUGAGCUGAGCAACAAGACUCUGAAGGUGACAGAUUUCGGUUUGGCACGAGAAUGGCAUCGGACCACAAAGAUGAGUGCAGCGGGGACGUACGCCUGGAUGGCCCCUGAGGUCAUCCGCUCUUCGACCUUCUCCAAGGGCAGUGAUGUUUGGAGUUAUGGAGUUUUGCUGUGGGAGCUGCUGACAGGAGAGGUGCCGUUUCGUGGCAUUGAUGGUCUGGCUGUAGCUUACGGUGUGGCCAUGAAUAAACUGUCCCUGCCGAUCCCCUCCACCUGUCCUGAGCCAUUUGCCCGGCUGAUGGAAGACUGUUGGAAUGUGGACCCUCAUGCUCGACCCUCCUUCACCAGUAUUCUAGACCAGCUGACAGCAAUCGAGGAGUCAGGCUUCUUUGAAAUGCCAGCAGAAUCCUUCCAAUCCCUGCAGGAUGACUGGAAGCUGGAGGUUCAGGAGAUGUUCGACCAGCUCAGAGCCAAAGAGAAGGAGUUGAGAUCUUGGGAGGAGGAACUGAGUCGUGCAGCUCUACAGCAGAAGUACCAGGAAGAGGCUUUACGGCGACGGGAGCAGGAACUGGCGGAAAGAGAAAUACACAUCCUGGAGCGAGAGCUCAAUGUCAUCAUACACCAGCUGUACCAGGAGAAACCACGAGUGCAACACCGUCAUGGAAAGUUCCGGCGCAGUCGACUUAAACUGCGUGACGGGAAUCGCAUCAGCCUGCCUUCUGAUUUCCAGCAUAAGAUCACAGUCCAAGCAUCUCCAUCUUUGGACAGGAGGCGGAGUCUCCUGAGCAGUAACUCCACCCCUCCAAACAGCCCCCCUGUUUUGCAACGCCUCCGAGCGAUCCAGUUGACCCCUGGGGUCGGAGGUCAAGGCUGGGGUCGUAACGCUGCAUUCCAGUAUGAUGAAGAGGAGGAGAGGAAGUCUUCACGCAAGAAAGGGAGAACGCAAAGAGAACACAGUGCUGAUGAGAGUUUGAGGACUCCUAAAGAGUGCAGUCGACAGCGUUCCUGCAGCGCUCCAAACCUGCGACGCUCCCCCAGACACAGUCCUGCUGUACCUGGAGUGUGCAGCCUGGCAGAGACUGAAAAUGAGGACUGCUUCCCAUCAGAGUCAGCUGACUCUCCUGGCCAAUCAUACCUCUGCAUCCCAUUCCACAGGGAUGGAUCUGACAGUUACAGCCUGGAGAGUGGCACGACUGGACUGGCUUCUGAUGUUUCCCCCAGUUACACGCGGCGGAGCCCCAGUGGAAGCCGUAGAUCAGAGCUGGUGUUGCUGGGCUGCGGGGCAGCUCUGGCUGCUAUCGGUUUAGGUCGUAACCUACUGGACCUGGUGCGUGUGGAAGAGAGUGUGCGUCCACGAUGGGAAGGGCUGUUUCACCGUACGGGGGGUCAAAGUCGUGGCGCUAGCCCACCCACACGCAAAAUCUUCAAAAGGGAAAGCCCCCGUCGCCCUCCCCCUCUGCCCACUUCUCUCACACUCCUGUCUCUCUCAACUGUGUCUGAUUGUAACUCAACCCGUUCUCUCCUGCACUCUGACAGUGAAGAGCUGCUCGUGCUACGCCCACCAACGCCCCCCACCCUCUCUGGACACAACCCGCCUCCCCUGAACCCACUGGUCAACACUCACCUGGAGAGUUUCAAACGCCACCCUCACCAGUCUCUCACACCCACACAUGUGCCCUCUGCACCCAGUGCAGCCUACAGGCUUCGUCGCACACCUUCAGAUGGCGCAAUAAAGACCGGGUGCUCUCCUUCCCAUAACAACCACAAUCCCACCCCUACCACACCCUCCAAAACCACAGUGACUCCAUGGCCCUUAAGUGAGGACCCCUCGGAGGUGCCCCGUCUUCCUGAUCCAAAUCUCAUCUUCCCACCCACGCCACGUCGCCGCUUCCAACCUGAGCGUCCCAAGACUCUGGACUUCCUGGCUAGGCCCCGCCCUUCUCCACGAGCACGCUGUGGAUCCCAGUGGGGUGAAUCUCCCGCCCACACGUCCAGCACUGAAACCCCGUCCACUGUGGAGUUUGGAGGAGGUGUGGUUGUCUUGCCCACUCCAAUGGAACCACCAACCCCCUGUUCCCCUUGGGUGAAUGACAGUCUUUUGGACCAACAGGAUGAAGGACACUACAGGGAUGGGACACGGCCUCUCUCAUCCGAUCCCAGAGACUCACCAUACAGAGUGCGACAAGGGUUCUGCUCUUGAUCCAAACGUAUUAAUGCCACUCACAAAGUUAGGCCCACUUGCUUUCAGAUGUAGCACUUACCAUCAGAUUAAUCAAGAGGGAGUUCUGGAUACCCUGGUGAAGAAAACAUGCUUAAACCAGCCUAAGAUGCUUUGCUUGAAGAUUAAGCUGGUCUUAGCUGGUUUAAGAAAGUCUCCCAUCCUGGUCAAGUUAGCUGGGAGGUCAGUUGGUUGCUCAAGUGCCCAAAACCCCUCAUAAACUAGCCAACAAACAAGUGUACUGGAAGACCAGCUUAGAUCAGCAAACCAAUUUAGGCUGGUUUGAAAUGUUUUUGUUUUCUUUCUUUUUUUCAGCAGGUUAUAUAAAUACUUACUAUAUUAGGAACUGAUACCUUACUGAUAAGGAAUAAUAACCCAGCAUAAACCAAAGGUGUUUGGUUUUUGCAUAAUCCAGAUGCUGUUCUGAUCUAUGUUCAGUUCAAUAUAUAUUUAAAAAAAAUCAACACAUAUAUAGUCCUAC